AUGCAGCUUGCGCUGGCGUGGGCCACCGCGGCGUUGGUCGCGCCCUGGGCGGCCGCGUACCCGGUCUACACCACGGGCUCCUCCCUGGACACGUGCGACGGCAUCACCUGCGCGGCCGUCGACUGCGUUGCGCCCUUCAAGUACGUGGCGCCGGACAAGGCCGGCACGUGCUGCCCGCUCUGCCUCGCGGACGAGAAGGACGUGCCCGAGGACCGCUCGUGGGCAAAGGGCAUGUCGGGCGGCGUGGGCAUCGACAACAAUGCCGACCCCAUCCUGUGCCGCGACGCGAUGUGCCCGCCCCUGCAUUGCCCAGAGGAUACGACCAGAUGUUUGACGGCCGCUGCUGCACCAAGUGCAAGACGGUCUCUCCUCAUCUUGCGGGAAGAGGACGGCGUCUGUCGUCACUCCCGCAGACUUGUCUUCUGGGUACGACGCCACGCUGAAGGAGGCCUCCAACGCGGCGGCGCUCUGAGGCGGCGCGGCUUCGGGCAGGCGAGAGGCCGGCGCAGCGGGCGCGCACAGGUGGGCGAGCUCCUCCCCGCCGCGAGGUGCAGGGCGGGGUGA